CAACAUAAAAAAAAAAAAAAAAAAAAGCGGAUGAUGCUGUUAUGUAAAAACACGCUGAAGUCGAGCUGUAGUUUGCAGGAGCUUGACUGAGCCUUUAACACGCCUCGCUUCGCUUUCUGGACGUGUAUUGCGGUUUAAAGUGGAUUGAAUGGGCAUUUUUACGCGCAGCGCACGGAGGAGCGGCGCAGUUUGGACUUAGAGAAAAAAAAGGAAGAAAAAAAAAAGGCUUCAGCCGAUCAGCUCAACAUGAGUCGCCCUCCACUCUGUUUUCCUCCUUCACUUGCGGGAAGCGUACACCUGACGCAUCACUCUUUGGCCCUGUGGAAGUGAUCUUCCUUUCUCAAAUCGUCUCUCUUGGGUUUAUUUUCCAGUCUGCAAAGCGAGUGUAUGGAACCAGGUGAUGAUCCAUGAUGAUGCUCACUGAAGGGUCUCUCUGAGCUGAAACCCACCAUUGUUGGACCUUGUGGAUGAAGAGGAGGUGGUGGAUCUGCCCACGGACGCUUAGACCAUGGUGAAAGCUCAGCGGAGCCAGCCUGUGAAAUGCAGGAAGCCCCGGCAGGAGAAGGUCGGCAAGGAGAAAAGAGGUGGCGUGAAAAAACUAAAAGAGAGAAAGGAUGAGUUGAGAGGAAAGAAAAAAAAGGAUAAGAAAGAGUCACAUCGCCAUAGAAAGAAGACACUGGUAGUGGGUGAUGGAGAAGCGCUGGACUGUUGUGUCCUGCUCACCCGUCUGGAAGAGAAAGGAAUUAUGUGUAAAGAAAAGAAUGCACCAAAAACUGGUAAGCAAAAGAGCGUUAAAGUCAAAAAGAAGCGUCACUCCAGCUCCAUUCAAAGACGGACCAAGAAAACUUCCACAGCCAUUCAGCAAGCACUGGAACCAAAAAUCAACCAAUCUGACGCCUUACUCAUGUUCCCCGCGACAGUCUUCGAGCCACGCAGGCGAAGAAUGGCAUCUCUCAAUGCUGAGGCUGUCAACAGCUUGCUGUUCUACAAAGACGAUUCUCUCACGUCAAAUGUUACAAAGAAACGUCAGACUUCUAAUGAACAUCCAGCUAAUGAUAGUCUCACUAAAACUGAACACAGAGGUCAUAAAACCAAAAAAGUUCCUUCUGGAGGGAAAGCAGACCCAAAAGAAAGACCUAAAAAACAGAGGCGGUCAGCAGCAGCAGCGGCUCAGAACAUCGACUGGUUGGCUUUGUUUGCACCAACGCCUCGGCGUCAGGCUGGCCUCACUGCUGCAACGCUGCUCAAACUUACAAGUACCGCCUAUGGAGCCAAACGGCAAAAAAAGAUGGAGUCCAAGCCAGGGCUUGGAAGUGAAGCAGCAACUACGACUCAGGAUGAGAUUAGCGGUAAACCAGUGUGUGGAGAAACAACGCUGACCAAAAGAACAACACAUCCCAAACACGAGGACCAACUAAAGCACAGAAAACAGGGUACAGAGGAUCUGAUUCAUCCCCAGCUAGGCUCUACCAUCCAGGGGUGCUGUAGUUUGUGUAAAAGUGAGGCUUUGGAUCCAGAGUGGAAGGGCACCACUGGAGGAGAAGAGUGUCUCAAACAUUCGCUCCAUUGUGGCUCCUCGCUGGGAUUCUCCUUGAAAACAAUCAAAGAGGAGCAGGUGGAGGCCGAGGUGUCUUCCUGCUACUGCUGUUCCCAGGAGAGGUGUGUGGAGUACUGUCACAGACUGGCCCUCUUCCUGGAGGACAAGACCUUCAAGGAACCAGAGGACGGCUCGCUGUCCGAGGUGUUCCAUCACCACCAUCACCACCAUCAUCAUCAUCACCACCAUCUUCAGUCCCCUCACUCUGUAGCCCACUCAGCAGCCAUAACCAUCAGCCCACGCACAUACACCUGUUUCCCUGGCUACUAUGUCCACUUCAGCCACCCGGACAACUCCCCUUCUCCCAUAUCACCCCUCACUUUAUGCCCGAGAAGCAGCAAGAGACCCAAGCUGCUCCCUAGCACCGGUUCACAGCCCUCAGGGAUUACCCAUCCAGUGUAUUGUUGCACCUCACUGGAGGCGUGCUACGGAGAGCCCUGCAGGAUCAACGGCUACUCUUCCUAUACCAGUGUGAUUCCAGCCAUCGCUAGAGGGGGAUGCUCCUUCAGCUCCACAGACUGCACCAAAUGUAACCACGGCAUCAAAAGAGACGACUACCCGUCAACCCUCAAUGACCAUCACAGUCCCUCCUCCAUCCCCAUCUGUCCCAGCCCCAGAAUCCUCACUGGCUGCCCCAUUCCCACUGUGCCUCCAGCCGGCCAAUCAGUGCCCCACAUUCAGACUCCGCUGUCUGACCCCAGCCAACCACAGCCUCCGCUGCAGGUGGCGAAGGAGUGUCCACAGAGUGCCAAGUCGCCCAGCGGGUCGAGGUCUGGCGCGCGCGGCAUCGGCAGCAUCAGCUCGGCUGUCUGCCCUCUCAACAGGGACAAGAAACAGAAGCUCAGCUCUGCCAGCGUCGGAGAGCGAACGGUUGCCAAGCAGCCGAAGAACCGGCGCCAAAAAAACACCAACGGCUGGCAGCCAGUUGGCCUGCCCUUUCAGAGGGAGGUUUUCUCAGUGGGAGAGGAGACUCUGGUGCUGAGGAAGUGUUUUGAGGGAGUUCGGAGGGAUGGGGACCUGAUCCGGGUCAGAGACACUGUUCUGCUGAAAUCUGGACCUAGGAAGAAGUCUCUGCCUUAUGUGGCCAAGAUCUCAGCUUUGUGGGAAGACCCAGAGUCAGGAGAGCUGAUGAUGAGUUUGUUUUGGUACUACCGUCCAGAACACACACAGGGGGGCCGCAACCCCAGUAUACAUUGUGAGAAUGAGAUCUUUGCGUCUCGUCACCAGGAUGUGAACAGUGUGGCCUGUAUUGAAGACAAAUGCUAUGUCCUAACAUUGGCACAGUAUUGCCGAUUUUGUGCCUUGGUAAAACGCCGUAGGGAUGGCGUACGCGACAGUGCCGCCUCCCUCAUGGUGCCACCCAUUGUUGGCAACGCCAUUCCCACCCACCACUGUGUGCCCGAUGACGUCGACCCAGAGCUGGUGUUUUUCUGUCGACACGUCUAUGACUUCCGCUAUGGACGCCUCCUCAAGAACCUGCAGUAGCAUCUGACGGGGCAUGACACAUCAUGCUAUGGGACGUGAGAUAAUGUUACUCUGGUUUCAUCCUCCACGACUUUAAUUACCUACCUGCUGCCUGUGUGAGAGGAACUGGAAGUUUAGGAUGUAGGAUUGAAAGAUGAUGAGCUUAUUUUGUUUUGAAAUCUCCUGUUCAUACUUACAAACCACACAUUUAUUUAGUACAAGUAAUGGUCUGACAUAUUGUAUAAGAGUUAUUAUGGUCUUUAUCAUACAUGGCUCCCUGGUGUCGUAGCAGCUGUGUGAAGAACCUGAACGUACUCUGCUGUAGAAAAUGCUACUGUAGCUCUUAGAAAUGUGACAUUUGAUAGAUAUGAAGAGAAGUUGAUGUUACAUGUGAAUUACUGUCUGCCUGACAGAUACUAGACACAUCACAAUGCGUCUCCAUGACACGACACAGCUAAAUAAAAUUCGAGGCAUAUCAUGCCGCAUCAGUUUUUUAGAAAAGAGACGAGAGUGGCUGAGGAUUUUAUUCGCAUUUGCAAAUGCAGAAACAUGCAGUUUUCUACAAGGCAUCGCAUACAGAAGUUUUACAGUGUGAACAUUUGUGUUCAAGCUGUUUUUGGGAAAUGUGCUUUUUUUCGCUUUCUUGCUUAAAGUUAGACGGGAAGAAGAUCGAUAGCACUUUUAUGUCUGUACAGUAAAUAUGAAGCGACUGCCAGCCAGUCGGUUAGCUUCGCUUGGCAUUAAGAGUGGAAACAAGGGGAAAUGGUUUCCCUAGGCUAGCUGUUUUCCCUUUGGCUUUAGACAGAGCUGGGCUAGUUGUUUCCAGUCUUUGUGCUACCAUAAGCUAUUUGACUGCUGGCUCCAGCUACUUAUUUAGACAUGAGAGUGGUAUCGAUGUUCUCAUCUAAAUCUUGGCAGGAAAGCAAAUUAGCGUGUUGUCCCCGUUAUUUAACAUUUCCAUUUUCAUGUAAUUGUGAUUGACCUAUGUGGUAAACUAUGAACACAGCUGUGAGGAAAGUUUUGGCUGCAUCUCUCGUGAAGUUUCUGACAGAAUUAUGGGUUUUAUGUCAUAUCUGUAUCACGAAUUAUUACUGACCUGCACUCCACAAAGAAAGCACAGUUCAGCUUAUUUGAUUUUGCAGCGCGAGCCGAGCAUUGAGGGGACUUUUGUUAUGCCAAUGCUUAGAAAGAUGUUGUGUUCUCAAAGCUGUUUGCCCGAGGUAUGAUUUAACAUCCGGUGUCAGCUAACUGUAUAUUUGCAUUUAUAUAUCUGGAUGAGUGUCUGUUCACGGCAGAUGGCAUCAGUUAGUCACCUAUAUCCUUGUUUGUUCACCGAUGAGAUGGUGAGUAAUGUAUUCAGUGUAGCAUUUAGAUCUGUGAUGAUGAUUCAUUCCUAUGUUUGAGAGAAGAUGUGUAUUUAUUUCUGUACUGAGAAAAUAUAAUUUAUUUUCAAAAGAUAAUUUUAAAGAGUUUUAGAUGAGUGGCUUUCAUUCCUGAUUAGAGAAGGAGGUUGAGUCUGUCUCUCCUUCUUAGCUGCACUGUCGAAGAUGAAAAGUGUGUGAGUCAUUUGCAAUAGUAUCUCUGUGACUGAUUGAGCUCGCUUGCCAGAUACAAACAUAUUAAAUGUUGUGUUGAGAUGUUGAAGACAUUUGGAGUAUUCAGAAGUAUCUCAGAUACAGUUUGAAGGACACCUGCUAACAUGUGACCAGAGAUGCUUAACUUGCAGGACCAAAACGUACCUUGGCCUCGCCCAGCUUUCCUGUCUACUUUCACUUCUCCUCAAAUGAUAAAGCUUUGCCUCUUCACCUUUUUAAAUGCUGAAUUUUACAAUGAUUUUAAACUUACCUUUGCAUUAGCCUGUGCCCUUGAUCUUGCUGCCUUAGAGAACAUUCCCAGCCUUUCAUUUAGAGAUGUGUACCGAUAUCAGCCUGGGAUAAUGAAGCUUUUUAGUGUGCUGAUCUUGAUUCCUAAAUGCUUGAGAUGCAUCACAGGUCCAUCACAUUACAGAACUGAUCCUCGAUCGACACUUAUUUUAAGUUGUUCCAAUUAAAAGUGAUCUUUAAUAUCAAACACCUAAAACUGCGCUUAUUUACUUUCUUGUCGAGCGUUAAAGGUGGGCUAAGUGAUUUCAGGUAACAGGAUUCUAAUCCAAUCCAUUUUUUUUUUUUUUUCAAUUUCAUCUCCUCACGGUCCGCUAACUUUCCACUCUGUGUGCACUCAAAGAUAAAUCUGGUGGUUGUACACAGCCCUGGCUCUGUAAAUGGGAAACAAACAAAGUGGCUUGGACCAAGCCACACAACACUAACUUGUGUUUCCAGCCAGGAUUUGUGUGUCAAUUACUUCCCCCACGGACAUUCGGCUUAGUUUCUAGUUUGCCAAGAUCUGUUGUUGUUGUGAUGUUCACUAUAGUAGCAGCUGGUGUGCUCGCUCUGGGAAACUGAUCGUCCUCUCAGCAUGUUAGGGGCUCAGCAGCAACUUCAGUGACAGUUUGCAAACCCACAACAUAGCUAUGGUCAUUACUUCAUGUUGUUGCUCACACUAACAUCAAAACAUCAUGAUGUUUGUCAUGGUAUUGGAUUUCACCAAGGAUCACUUUCCCCACCUUUAAACGAAAAUAUUGAUACCGCUCUCUCUGCACGCCAAAUAUGAAGCCACAUGUGGCACCCGAUCAGCCAAGCUUAGCAUGCAGGGGGCAACCUCAGCUCUGUCAGAAAAAGCAGCAAAAUCCAGCAACCAGCACCUGUAAAGCUGAUUUUGCUUUACUACAUCUGUAAAAACAACAAUUUUCUGACAACUGUCUCUCCGUUUCCAUUCUUUAUGCUAAGCUGAGUUAACCACCUGCUGCCUGUAGCUUCAGAUCUACAGUACAGACGUGAGCGUUUCGAUUCUCGACAGGAAAGCGAUACGUGCAGUCCCUGAAAUAUUGAACCGUUGCCUAAAGUUUGUGGUUUUGUGCUUCUCGCAGAACAGCGUCUGCAAAAAACGUCAGUCAUAACACGUUUUAAUGGCAGACAAAAAGUAUCAAAAUUUCCGCAGAAACUUUUCUAAAUCCCGCCGUCAUUAUAAUCCUCCUCUCAGCUGUCCAUCUGUAAGCUCAUUAUGUUCCAAACUAUCAGAUUUUGCCAAAAUACAGCUAAAGACACGGCUUCCUGGCAGAGCUUCACAGAGGUUGGAUAGCACCGCACGGAGUCGGUGUACUCGGCCAUAUUUUGGUCAAAUGAGGAGAUACUGAAAAUACUGAAGACAUGCAGUGGACAGUGAAGAAACUGAUUCAGUCCUGAAGCUUGUCACCAUUUGAAUCCUUUGUAUCCAACAUGUUUUAAGCUGACCACAAGCGCUGUUCUACAUGAAGGAGGAAACUACUCACAAGCCGAGUGUGCAAAGAGAUAGAUUUUGGGUGGAGUGUCACUUGUAAAUGCCCACAUCCUGACAACUUCUGCUUUACUCCCUGUGCAAAGGGUGGAGUAGAUUAAUUGUGUCUGUGUUCACUUACAAAAAUAGAAUUUGCUACAAGCUUCCUUAAUGAUGAAUGAAUUAUUUCACAUUGAUACUACUCUACUAUUUCAAUUUGCUUUUUGUCAAUCUGUGUCAAAACCACUGUACAGCAUACUUUCUCCACUGACUGAAAUAUUUCAUUGAAUAUUGUUGGUGAAAACCCACACAGCACAAUACAACCAAGCAGAUCUGGGUAAAACAUUUGAUUUGGUUCUGUAAUUUAAAAUCCUCCUCCUGGAUCAGAGCUAGAAACCACACACAGUAUAUAUUAUGGCCUUAGGAAUCACUCAGCAAACUAAUUAUGUUUAAUCAAGAUGUGUGAUACUAUGUCUUAAUUGGUCCUCUGUGCCUGUUCCCAUUAACCCAUAUAUAUUCCAAGUGUUUUUCAUGAAGAGAAAGUCGAGCAGUUACUGUUGUUUUUACCCACUUUCCAAAUGCCUUUCAUUUUUUGUCAGAUGAUGCUGAUCAUGAAUCACCAAAAACAUAGAGAGGAGAAGGUAUAGAAACAUAAAUUGAAUUUUAAUCCCCCAGGUGUACAAAAAACCUAAACUUUGGUUGUUCUUCUGAUGUGAAUUUUAUGUUCUUAUUCUUUGCAUGGCGUUUUGGAAAUAUCUUGGAAAUAUUAAUCACAGCACAGAUUAUUUGUAUGGUUUCAAAUGGACCUCUGUAAUAUAAGAAAAAUAUUUAAUUGUAAUAAAUAAUAUAUGAGUUUGAA